GGUAACUAUUGUCUUUUAACAAAGGCAUUGCCAUAAAUAUAAGGACCACAAUACCCUGCUUCCAUUCGUCGCCGACUUUUGAGACAUGCCGCGUUUAAAAUGAAACUUAUUAUCUUCUUACUGUUAUUAACGAACGUGAAACUUGAAAAAAGUGUUUACAUGGUAAAAACGGAGUCCGGAUACGUACAACCCAUACAGAGAGGAUACGUUUACAGUCAGAGAAAUAAUGAACCGGCUAAAAUCAUAACAAUUGAUAAUUUGAAGCGAGAAGAAACUUCUACCAAACCGAUAUUCGGUAAAGGAAAGUGUGAUUUCAAAUCUGAAGCAGUUAGAGAACUAUGCAAGCGUCGUAAGAGCUAUGUUGAAGCUGAUAAGAAGAAGACAGAAGAUGGAAAUGGCAAAAAUAAGGAUACGAAAGUACACGAUGCUAAAGCAACAGCCAGCGAGCUAAAUAAUAUGUAUUCCAACAGUGGAUUUCAAGUUGAUGCAGAAGAUUUAAGAACUGACAACAGGUACGUAUACGAAGAUUGGCCGUACAUGCAUCACUCUCCAUACGAUUACGAGAAAGUGAAGUUUGAAACUGAAUUUGAAAAUGAUAAGAGUAGAAGCAUGAACGGAAACGAAAAGAUUAUACCUGUGUAUGAACAUGUAGAUGAUUAUAGACCACCGAUAGUACCAAACCUUAUGAUUGGCAGUAAACCAGUUAUGUCGCAGGCUCCAGGCUAUAUUGAUAAAGUUAGUAGUGAAGAUUUGUUAACAUUUAAAGGACUGUCGUGGGAUAGCGGAAACGAUUUUCAUCACAGCAAACCGUUUAUUAACAUGGAAGCACAAAACAGCCAUUUAAGCAAUGUUCCUUCUAGUAGCUACAAUUUGGCAAUGACGAAUAGUGCACCGAUAUAUGUGCAAACAAACAAAGAUCACGGUGUCAACAAUAACAACGAGUUCGGAGAUCAUCAUAAAUCCAACGAAGAGAAAAAUAGCGAAGGACUAAAAUCCAAAUAUGAUGCUGAAAAAUAUAGCGGUUAUAAAGAUUUUCUUGACACGUUCGCAAAUAAGUUCGGCCUCGAAGAUAACUACAAAAAUUCUAAAUACAUGCUUAAAAUGAAUGCUGACAAAGGUGAAAAGAAAAAUGGUUUCCGUAGAGUGUAUCAUAAGGAUGAAUAUCAGGAAAAUAACGAAUUCUUCGACAAUACAAAUAAAAAAUCUGCAACGGAGCAAGAUGGCGCGUCAAAGAUACACACAGGUGGAUCCGAGGCGUUCUUGAAAUCUCAUGCAGCUGCUGCUUUAGGUGAAGAAAAAGAUUCUCUUAGUAACCAUAAGGAUCAUCUCAUGAAUAAUUAUGAAAGAAACAAUGAAGGCAGCAAUUACAAUAAAGGUAGCUCUCAUGAUUACAAUCAUUAUGUGGAUCAAUCAAGACACCCCUCUUACUAUGACCAUUUGGGAUAUAAUAAUAUGCACUAUGGUAGGUAG